UGUACGGUGUCCGUUUCAGAGAGAUAUUUGGUUAAUGCUGACACCGUCGUGCAUAACGGGGUAUCCGCAAGGCAUCAAGGAGGAGCGCUCCAUUUGAUUACACAGAAGUUAAAGGAUGCCCGGAACUCGUGACACGCCCCCUACGAACUGGGGAGAGGAACUUGGGCCUUCGGCGCAGCUGCAAAGCAGCGAGAGUGACGGAGAGGAGAGGCAGCCGAGCCAACAACUUCCAUACUCCCAUUUGUUGCUCUCCUUAUACGAUUCCGCGAAUUCGGUUAUUGAUUCUUCUCUCUCUAGUGGUUAUUAUAUAAUUAUUCAACGGUUGCCUCCGCUGGUGACAUUUUGAGCUGGAGCGGCAGCUUGUGGAUAUGGUGGUGGCACACUUGUGUAUUUCUGUGUGUCUGUGUUGAGCGCGUGUGUGUCCGUGUAUGUGAUUUUAUGUCCUUUCGCGAUUCAGCUGCGAACACAGAGCACAGUUGUCGGUGUGGACUCGGCCCAUACAGUCAUUGGUCUACGAAGAGGAUCACAGUCGCGCGUUUCUUGAAAAGCUCGAGCUCUAGGAGGGAUAAAGACGCCGGAGGCGCGAGCUGAGCUUCAGGGUGUUGUUUGGCUAGAGAAAUAGCUCGAGAAUGUCCUUGUAUGACUGGAGCCAAGUCUUUCCCGGUGUUUGGAGCACGGAAUCACCCCCGUGUUGAACUUGUUGCUGGUUCGUUUCAACCCCUUUUCCAAGGGGAGAAUAUUCUGCAUACUUUUGUGUGCAGAGAGGAUUGUUUUCUAUUAGAAAGAGAACGGAAAUCUUUAUUUUUCAAACCAGUCGCUUUUACGCGCAGAUGUCCUCUCGCCGCGCUGUGGUUCUGUGAUCGCCCACCGGAGCGUCGAGAGCUCUUCACCGGGACCGGGUCGCACACAGUGGGUCACCAUGGCAGCGGGAGUGGCGGCGUGGUUACCAUUCGCCCGGGCGGCUGCUAUAGGAUGGAUGCCGGUAGCCAGUGCGCCCAUGCCGACGCCCCCACCUGACAACCGGCGAAAACAGGACGGGCUCAUUUUGCUCAAUGUCAGCGGUCAGAAGUUCCAGACGUGGCGGAAUACAUUGGAGCGGUACCCGGACACUUUACUGGGCAGCACAGAGCGGGAAUUCUUCUUCCACGAGGAGACAAACGAAUACUUUUUCGACCGUGACCCGGAUAUUUUCAGACACAUUCUGAACUUCUAUCGUACCGGGAAGCUGCACUACCCGCGCCAGGAGUGCAUCUCGGCCUACGAUGAGGAGCUGGCCUUCUUUGGGAUCAUACCGGAGAUCAUAGGGGACUGCUGCUAUGAAGAGUACAAGGACCGGCGGCGGGAGAACCAGGAGAGAAUCCAGGAUGACGAGGACAGCGAGAACCAGAACGAUAUGGUCCCGCCGGAUAUGACAUUCCGAGAAACCAUGUGGCGGGCCUUCGAGAACCCCCACACGAGCACCAUGGCCCUGGUGUUUUAUUACGUCACCGGCUUCUUCAUUGCUGUUUCCGUGAUGGCCAACGUGGUGGAGACGGUCCCGUGCGGGACUUUGCAAAAUCGGGUCAAACAGGUGUCGUGCGGGGAGCGGUAUGCCUUGGCAUUUUUCUGUCUGGAUACGGCCUGUGUCAUGAUCUUCACCGUGGAGUACCUGCUGCGUCUAAUGGCGGCGCCCAGCCGCUGGAACUUCAUCAAGAGCGUGAUGAGCGUCAUCGAUGUGGUGGCCAUUAUGCCCUACUACAUCGGCCUGGUCAUGACGGACAACGAGGACGUCAGCGGGGCCUUCGUCACCCUGAGGGUCUUCCGGGUUUUCAGGAUUUUCAAAUUCUCCCGCCACUCUGCGGGGCUGCGCAUCUUGGGCUACACGCUGAAGAGCUGCGCCUCGGAGCUGGGCUUCCUGCUCUUCUCUCUCACCAUGGCCAUCAUUAUCUUCGCCACUGUCAUGUUCUACGCCGAGAAGGGCUCCUCAGCCAGCAAGUUCACCAGCAUCCCAGCAGCCUUCUGGUACACCAUCGUCACCAUGACAACUCUGGGAUAUGGAGACAUGGUUCCUAAGACCAUUGUAGGGAAGAUCGUUGGUUCUGUCUGUUCUCUGAGCGGUGUGUUGGUCAUCGCCCUGCCCGUGCCCGUCAUCGUGUCCAACUUCAGCCGCAUUUACCACCAGAGCCAGCGGGCAGACAAGAGACGCGCCCAAAAGAAAACCAAGCUUGGUAGAAUUGCCGCGAGGAAGAGUGGAGGGACUAGCGCAUAUUUGCAGUAUAAAAGCAACGGGCUGCUGAGUGACCUCAUCGACGAGGCAUCAAAGGCAGCAGGCCAGGCGCUGGUGUGCAAGGCCAACCCCAUGUUCGAUACGCACCACAAUCACCUAUUGCACUGCCUGGAGAAGACCACGAAUCAUGAGUUUGUGGAUGAGCAAACGUUUGAGACCAGCCUACUGGAGGUUUCCAUGGCGAAGCACCCGCCUCACUCCCCCUCCCUCUCCUCUGGCUACUCCUCCCAAGGCCUGUCGUGCUGCUCGCGACGCAACAAGAGGAAGAGCUUCAACGUGCCCAACUCCAACAUGACUGGAGGGCAUAGGAACAGCAUCCAGGAGCUUAGCACCAUCCACAUCAGAGAGAGACCCAUCACUAACAGUCGCUCCAGUCUGAACGCUAAGUUCGAGGAAACGGUGCCUCUGAACUGCAAGCAGCCCUACAUCACGGCGGCCGUCAUCUCGCUGCCCACGCCGCCCGUCACCACGUCCGAGAACGACGGCUCCGCCUCCUCCCCUGACUACUCACAGGCCAACAUCGUCAGAGUGUCCGCACUCUAGGCCCCUCGCCCCCCACCCCCACCCCAUCUCCAUGGCAACCCUAACACGGAGAGAGAGAUAGAGAGAGCUAGAGAAGAGAGAUCCUUCCCUGCUCCAAUCAGAGAACGGAGGGGAGGGGGUAAGGGGAGGUGUGGUGGUUAGGGGGGACAGUUUAGGCUGCAGGAUCCUUUUUGUUUUCCUACACGUAGCUACUACACGUCUGCUCUUGUGGUGAAAUAAAGUUGCAGUGUAAAGCUGUAGCAGAAAGCUCCGCCUUGGAUUUUUUGGUGGGUGAGAGACUGCGUUGCCGUGGCGACUGAGAUUAGCGCCUUACAAAUUAGCGGAGAGCGUUUAGCCACCUGGCUAACUAACUAACUGCAGCUACUCCCUCCAAACACUCUUCAAGGGAAAACUUACCAUUACUAUUUUUUCUAUAUUGUGUGUCUAAAUGUGAUGUCUUAAAACCGAAAUGGGGGAGGUGGAAUUUGUAUUGGUUUUUAUUGUUUGUUAAGGCCGUGAGUUUGACUAGAGCAGAUGUAUAUUUGCCAUGUUCUGAAAUGUGUGGAGUAGGAGAGAAAAGAAAAAGUAAUUUAAAAUAUUUUGACAAAAAGGAGAGCAAGGGGGUGUAUGCACUGUGUGUGCCAUGUGUGUACAUCUUUUCCUAACUUAUCAGGACCAGAAUGUCCUGACAAGUCACCAAAAUGUCCUGACAAGUCACCAAAAUGUCCUGACAAGUCACCAAAAUGUCCUGACAAGUCACCAAAAUGUCCUGACAAAUCAUCAAAAUGUCCUGACAAGUCACCAAAAUGUCCUGACAAAUCAUCAAAAUGUCCGGACAAGUCACCAAAAUGUCCUGACAAGGUAAGAAAACUAGAAAAUGUUUGAAAAGUCAGGACUGAAUUUGUUAAAAUUCAAUUUUAGGCUUAAGGGUUAGGUUUAUGGUUUGGGGUUUAUGUUAGGGUUACGUUUAAGGUUAGGGUUAGGAGUUAAGGUUUAGGGUUACAGGUUUGUGGUUAAGGUUAAGGUUAGGGUUAAGGUUAGGUUAGGGUUAGGAGUUAAGGUGUAGGGUUACAGGUUGUGGUUAAGGUUAGGGUUAAGGUUAGGUUAGGGUUAGGAGUUAAGGUGUAGGGUUACAGGUUUGUGGUUAAGGUUAGGGUUAAGGUUAGGUUAAGGGCAGAGUAUGUGAGUGGAGUGGAACGGAGCUGGAGCAUCAUCCUUCUCGCCCGCUCCAAUUUCUCUCCAGUAGCGCUCAUUUCACGAGCCCAGGGCAUGCCCGGGUAAGCAUGCAUGUUUAGUCUACUUGUGUGCUGCUAUAGCCCCUUUCUUUAGCUACUGGCAGCUGCAAAAUCAAGGUGACUUACAAAGAUGACGGCCUAGAGUAAGAAAGAGAGUGCAGUGAUGUAGUGUGCAGUGAUGUGUCCACAACUAAAGAAUCAUUGUGGAAUCUGAAAAGACACAUAUCCCGAAAGUAUGACGGUGUACUUAUUACGUGCACAUGCUAAAAGAAAGGAACGAGUGUGUAGCUCAUUAAGUGUGUCAUUGUAGCAAAGUGUUUAUCAACUAGAAAUCAGAUCUCUUAAAAGUUUCCUUCAUUUUUGCUGUAUUACCUAUACAAUAGGCCAUACUUGAUUUUGUCCCAAUAGGCCUGGCAUAUUCCAACUUUCAAGGAGCUUCCCGUUUUGGUUGGGUUAUUUUGCCUAAAAACCUUUAGGCAGUGGUGGAAAAGUACAGUUUUGUCAUACUUGAGUAAAAGUAAAGAUACCUUAAUAGAAAAUGACUCAAGUAAAAGUGAAAGUCAACCAAAGUAAAAUAGUACUUGAGUAAAAGUUUUAAAGUAUUUGGUUUUAAAUAUACUUAAGUAUGAAAAGUAAAAGUAUAAAUAAUUUCAAAUUGAUUAUUUCAUCAUAUGAUUAUAUAAUUAUAUGAUUAUAUUAUUAUUUUUUAAUUUACGGAUAGCCAGGGGCUAUCCCCAACACUCAGACAUAAUUUACAAAUGAAGCAUGUGUGUUUAGUGAGUCCGCCAGAUCAGAGGCAGUAGCGAUUACCGGGAAUGUUUUCUUGAUAAACGCAUAAAUUGGACAAUUUACCUGUCCUGCUCAGCAUUCAAAAUAUAGUGAGCACUUUUGGGUGUCAGGGAAAAUGUAUGGAUUAAAAAGUACCUGAUUGUCUUUACCUGAUUGUCUAAAAGUAAAAGUAGUCAAAAAUUGAAAUUGUAAAGUACAGAUACCCAAAAAAACUUCUUAAGUACUUUACACCACUGCCUUUAGGCCUACCUAUGGGGGAGAAAAAAAACUGCCCAGCAUAGCAAGGGUGGCUAAAAGGAUGUUUACCAUCCACAGUGGCUCUGAAGCGCGGAUAGGAUAUUCUUCGCUGCUGGCCUGCUAUCCAGGCACCUGACCCUGAAGGCUUAACUGGCAUUUUUAGUUUAAUUUGUAUUUAAUUCUAAGUCACAGCCGAUAUGCGCAACUUAUAGACUAUAAUGGUUUAAUACAACAAAAUGUUGAGCGCUUAAUGUCCAUGUCUCCCUACCAGCCUAGUGUGUCGCAUUCGCAAAUGCUUCACAAUGCAUUUCUUUGUAGACUAUAGCCUUGAAAUAAUUGAAAUAAUAUAGCCUAAGUACUUCAUGUCCGUUCCUUAUUAGGCUCCCUGUUUGGCUCCUGACCUAUUUCGAGUGUUUAUCAUACAUUUGUACUCUGUCUUGACUCGGUCUAGGACAGUGAGGAUACACAUUUCUCCCGAGACCAGCUGAAACCAGAGAAGUAAAAAAAAAAAAGAGUAAUAUCAGCUUCAAAUCAAUCAGCUCAUAAAACUGCUUCGCCAGGCCAAAUAUACACUCCUUUCUUGAAACAUUAGUACAGUAUGUUAACAUACGUUAUAUCUAUUACAGACAUGUUUGCGCAGUGGCGAACCUAUAGGCCUUCGGUGUGUGACAGGUUCGUGAUUCUGAAAGGACAGCAACCAUAAUACCAGGCUAUAGGCAGGCAUAAACCGUAUACCCACGUUUUUUCAGUGGGCAUUGCGUAUACUGACUGCUUAAUCCCUACUGGUGCAUAAAAAAAGUAGUGUAGUGGAGGUACAAGAUGUAUCAAUUAUGUGGUACAAUAGAGAAAUCAUGCACAAAGUAGCCUACACAAUCACAAGUGUUGGUUAGUAGGCCAUUUUUGAUGCGCAAUUGUCAUCAUGUGCUGCUUGCAUCAGGAUCAUAGACAUGGAUGGGCCUGGGGGGACAGAACCACUCACUGGGUGGACAGAACCACCCACUGGGGAGCCAGGCCCACAGGCUCACCCAAUCAGAUUGAUGUAGUUUAAGCAUUGUUGUGGACACGAGACCAUUACAUUUUAGUAUUUUUUCAAAUUUUGAGAGUGAAAAUCUGAAAAAUCGAUUGGAAAACACAGGUUGCCAUUCCUUCGCUGGGCGGGCCGUUUGGGAACUUUUUAGCAAAAUGUGAGUGUACCCACUUCUCCAGGUACCACUACACCACUAUAUAGGGCCGAUGGAAGGACAGCAGUCACACACAGCAUGGUGAUAAAGGAUAAGCAGUCCAUAAACUCGGACAUAAUAAGCCCAAUCAUAAGAAUACAGAAACACAACCAUUAAACAUUUCCCAAUCAAAAUGUACAACUAUUUCCUCCCGUUGCAAAAAUAGCACCUAUGACAGUGGAACUGACAGCGUUUUAACUACUUUGCAGAUAUAAAACAGACAGACAAUCAUAAUAUCAGUCAAAAAUAUAAAAUUCCCAGUUUAUGCUACAAAAAAAAAUUUAUAAGAGAUUUAAAAAAAAUAGUUUACACUUGACUCAACGUUCCAUGAUGUACACGAAGGCAUUGUUGGCAGAAUAGAUGGAUGCAGUUCAAUGCAUGAUUAAUAUAAUGAAUAUAAUGAGUGACUGACUUUUUCCCCUCAUAUAUUGUUAUUCGGUGGCUAAACACAGCUAGACAUGCAGGGGUCAUUUGGUUAGCUAGCAAGAACUUGAACGAGUGUUAUUCAGUUAGCAUACAGUUGAAGUCGGAGGUUUACAUACACCUUAGCCAAAUACAUUUAAACUCAGUUUUUCACAAUUCCUGACAUUUAAUCCUAGAAAAAAAUCCCUGUUUUACGUCAGUUAGGAUCACCAUUUUAUUUUAAGAAUGUGAAAUGUCAGAAUAAUAGUAGAGAGAAGGAUUUCUUUCAACUUUAAUUUCUUUCAUCACAUUCCCAGUGGGUCAGAGGUUUACAUACACUCAAUUAGGAUUUGGUAGCAUUGCCUUUAAAUUGUUUAACUUGGGUCAAACAUUUCGGGUAGCCUUCCACAAGCUUCCCACAAUAGGUUGGGUGAAUUUUGGUCCGACUUUGUUGUCCUUAAGCCAUUUUGCCACAACUUUGGAUGUAUGCUUGGUGUCAUUGUCCAUUUGGAAGACCCAUUUGCGAGCUAGCUUUAACUUCCUGACUGAUGUCUUGAGAUGUUGCUUCAAUAUAUCCACAUAAUUUUCCUACCUCAUGUUGCCAUCUAUUUUGUGAAGUGCACCAGUCCCUCCUGUAGCAAAGUACCCGCACAACAUGAUGCUGCCACCCCCGUACUUCACGGAUGGGAUGGUGUUCUUCGGCUUGCAAGCCUCCCCCUUUUCCUCCAAACAUAACGAUGGUCAUUAUGGCCAAACAGAUCUAUUUUUUUUUCAUCAGACCAGAGGACAUUUCUCCAAAAAGUACGAUCUUUGUCGCCAUGUACAGUUGCAAACCGUAAUCUGGCUUUUUUAUGGCGGUUUUGGAGCAGUGGCUUCUGCCUUGCUGAGCGGCCUUUUAGGUUAUGUCGAGAUAGGACUCGUUUUACUGUGGAUAUAGAUACUUUUGUACCUUUCCUCCAGCAUCUUCACAAGGUAAUUUGCUGUUGUUCUGGGAUUGAUUUGCACUUUUCGCACCAAAGUACGUUCAUCUCUAGGAGACUGAACACGCCUCUUUCCUGAGCGGUAUGAUGGCUGCGUGGUCCCAUGGUGUUUAUACUUGCGUUCUAUUGUUUGUACAGAUGAACGUGGUACCUUCAGGCAUUUGGAAAUUGCUCCCAAGGAUGAACCAGACUUGUGGAGGUCUACAUUUUUUUCUGAUGUCUUUGCUGAUUUCCUUUGAUUUUCCCAUGAUGUCAAGCAAAGAGGCACUGAGUUUGAAGGUAGGUCUUGAAAUACAUCCACAAGUACACCUACAAUUGACUCAAAUAAUGUCAAUUAGCCUAUUAGAAGCUUCUAAAGCCAUGACAUAAUUUUCUGGAAUUUUCCAAGCUGUUUAAAGGCACAGUCAACUUAGUGUAUGUAAACCUCUGACCCACUGGAAUUGUGAUACAGUGAAUUAUAAGUGAAAUAAUCUGUCUAUAAACAAUUCUUCGAAAAAUUACUUGUGUCAUGCACACAGUAGAUGUCCUAACCGACUUGCCAAAACUACAGUUUGUUAACAAGAAAUUUGUGGAGUGGUUGAAAAACAAGUUUUAAUGACUCCAACCUAUGUGUAUGUAAACUUCCGACUUCAACUGUAUCUCUUGCGUUUGCAAAUUCACUCUGGCUAUCUCCUCCAAUUUAGGAGCACUCUCGUCUAAGUGUGCGAGAGUACAAAACAACUGAUGAAUUUACGAAUAAUAUGACCAUUGUCAGUAAACGUAGACAAAAAAGUAAUAGUUAGUGAAGAUCGCUCUAGAUAACAUGUAAACAGCCCAACCAGCUCUGCUACGUUGAGUGAAAUGGUCAGAGUGAGGUGUUCUCUCAUUUGUGUCUAGAAGUAACUAGCUAGCAAGUUAGCCAACUUUAACCAGUUAGCUUGGGUACUUGGUUGGGACAAGCAUGCAUUGGCAGGCAAGCUGCAGAAGGACGAGGAGACUACCAUUUUGUGGCUUUUGGCGAAAGCGCUCUAAUGAUAUAAAGUCGCGCUGUUGCAACUGCCUGUAAACACACAGUCCAGUUCAAAGUGAAUGAUGGCAGGCCCGUGUGGAAAAUGGCUUGUUUAAAGGCCUACUGUAGCUCUGAUUGGCUAUAGCUCACCAGUGUGUAGACUCCGGGCCUCGACAAGACAGAUGUUUUCAUUCGGUUUUAUUUACUGCAGUGUCUAUUAAUUGAUAACACCUGCUGCAACUGCUGCAAACUAGCUGACAACAAAUGCUAGCUAGCUAGACCGUGGGAAACUACUGCUCGCUAUUGCGUAGUGACCUGUUGGGCCGUCAAGAAGGCAACAUUUUCCAUACAUUUUGGAAAAAACGGUCCCUACUAUUAAGUCAAAAUGUGAUUGGUUGAUUCUACUGUCACUCCAAAUGUUUGCCCUAAUACCGUUGAAUGGUGGAUGCAUUUAUCUAGAGUCUGAUAGCCAAGGACUGACUUAGCUAGCUAGAUUUAUCUCCCCAGAGACCAGCAAAGAAAAUCCUGGUUUGAUCUUUUUUCUCUCUUCAGUGUUAGCCCUUUCCUUUUCAACAAAACUAAAUAGAUUAAAUCAGAACAUCAUUGAAAAUAAUAUCAUUAUUAUUAUAGUAUUAUAAUAAUUAUUUUAUAAAUCCUUAGUCCUUCUCUGAAGGCGUAGAAGGCCCAUUGUUCCCCACUGUGUUUGGGUUAGUAAUAUUUGAAGAGUGGCUCUAUUUUCCUCAACGUGCAUUUCUUCACUAUUCAGAAAAUCUAAAGAAUCCACAUGCUGUUCUGAAAUAUGACCACAGAAAUACUGGACCUUUUGAACUCUUAUUAUAGUGUUGAUUUGACAAAUUUGCAAUCAUGGUCUCACAUUCUUCUGGUCUUGGUCUUGACUCGGUCUCGGACCCCUUGUCACCCUCCUGGUCUUGGUCUUGAAUCGAUCUCGCUUUAGGUGGUCUCGAACACAACACUGGUUUAUAUGCUGUUUAAUGUGACAUAUAGUCUAUUUGAAAUGAUGAGCACUUCUUACAUUCACCGUUUUAUUUUUAUGAUAAUACUUUUCAUUCAAAUCAUAUGGUUUGGUUUCAAUACUUCAAAACCAAUUAGUAGGUCCAGGUGGUCACAAAAAUAGAUAGGUGUUGGUUAAAUUGUGAUUUAAUGAAUGGAGCGAAUUUGGAGCGGCAGUUUUCUUUCUGGUGAGAAGAGGAGCGUUUUUUAGGGGAGUGGUUGGAAAGAACGUGGUGCUCCAUGAGCAGUGAGCGGGAUUUCCUACCGCUCAACUCCGCUCACGUACUCUGGUUAAGGGUUAAGUUUAGGUUUAGGGUUAGGGUUACAUUUAGGGUUAGGGUUCAGGUUAAGGUUUGGUUUAGGGUUUCUGGGUUUGUGCUGGUAUCAAACCUUGGGUUGAGCGGGCCUAUUGCAACUUUCUGCUCUGUCUGUAUAUUGCAAGUCAGUGUUAAGGUUAGGGUUAAGGGUAAGGAGUUAGGGAAAAUAGGAUUUUGAAUGGGAAUCAAUUGUUUAGGGAGGUCUACUGUGUGUGGGGGGAGGGCUUUGUGCGUGUGUGUGUGUGUGUGUGCGCAUGACCCCAUUGCUCUCACCUGUAUGUGUAUGUGUGACAUUAGCAUGAGCAAUAAGGGUUGAGUCCUCAGUGAGUGUGUGCAGUAUAUAUUGGUGAUCUAGCAUAUCACACUCGCCCUUUCUCUCAGAGCUGACUUACUUGUGUACCUACUUAUAUGAAAGAGAUGAUUGUUCCUCUCCUGUCCGUCCUGUCCUCUCUAACCGAACGGCCAUUGUGAAUACUGAAUACCUUUGAUGCCAUUUUGAAACUAUCCUUCUCUCUCAACCAGAGUUGACUACUUCAUUUGUCGUGGUUUAUCGUUCAAAGCAGCACCCACAUGAUGCCUGACCUUGAAAUGGGUUUAUUGUUUCUUUUAUUGAGGAUUUAUUGAGGUUUUUAUAGAUAUAUCGAUGAGUUUAUCCAAACUCCAAUGUUGUGUUUUGUCUUGUUUUAUGCAUCGUGGACAUGCUAAAGCAGAUUGACUGAGGGGAAUAGAAGAAGUCUUAUAUGAACACACAGAUAUUUGAGUCCAUUCCAUUUUGAUACAAAGCUGAUUUCCUUCUGAAUAUGAGGAUAAAACUGUGAUUAGACUUUUAUUUUGAAGGUCUCUGUUCAUUUGAAGUGCAUGUGUUUGCUACAGACAGUAUGAAGUUUGUUUUGUUCCUGAUUUGUGCCACACAAGCCUCCAUACUUUAUCACCAAAUGGGGGUUUGGUAUGGAAAAUGAAAAUCAAAGUGUAAAGAAAGCUCCUGUACCAGUCUACCAAACAUGAUUGACUGAAAGUGUUUAUUGAGCUGACGCUCUAUGAUAAUUCUAUCUUGUCGUGACUGCUAGGGCUCAGCUAUCAUCGUAGCUAGAACACUCUCAGCGCUUGGCGGGGAUGGAAUCCUGUAACCAUUCCAAAUCAGUACAACAAAAUCAAUGCAAAUGCAUUGAAUGACACUUUAAUAUCCAGCGAGCUGAUUUAACGAUAUUCUAUUUCUCGGCUGUGAGAUCUCUGGAGGUUUUAUCGAGAACUUGUCAUUUCCGAUGACGAUGGAUAUUUUUCUUUUCCGCUUUUACGUUUUCCAAGAUGGCUGACGUUGGUGGACUGAACGUGGCUCUUGAGACUGCUGAAGCGAAUGCCACACCCCUUGCUCCAACCCCCGCCCCUUUCCCACCACCCGCCCCCAAACCUGUCCACUUCACCAUCACUGCUUGACUAUGACGUGACAUAUGCAACAAUUUUUGGGUUUGUUGGUAAAGAUAUGCUUUGUAUCAGAGAGCAGAGGGAGUGGGAGAGAGACAAUAGAGAAACACAAAUACAUAUUUUUAAAAAUAUCAAAUGAUGUUGAAAUAUCUGUCUUUUUCUGUUCAUGUAAAAAAGAAAAAAAUAAUUACAACUGUUGCUAGUACACAUGUGCUGUAAAUUGUUCUUUGGUGUAGUGAAAAUCAUCAUGGUUUAGUCGUUUUUAAAAAUCAGUUUCACCGAAGGUUCUAGUGUCUUAUUUUAGUUAGCCUUCUGCUCCACCGCAUUUUAAGAACCGGCUUAAUAUUUUUCUAAGAGAAAAUGCAUGCGUUUGCUGGAGAACUUUGGGUUUAGUGUUGCACAAGGGCAGGCGCUGUCUCUGGAUACAUCCCAAAUGGAACCCUGUUCCCUAUAUAGUGCACUACUUUUGAUCAGGGCACAUUGGGCUCUGGUCAAAAGUAGUGCACUAUAUAGGGAGUAGGGUGCCAUUUGGGACACAACCUCUGUCUUUCAGUUUCCAUGCCUAAGUGAAAAACUUUUAGGGGUGAAGGAGUGUACUUAGGUCUUGUACAUGAGAUUAUGUAAAUUGAAGAAAUUAAAAGGAUGAUUAUAUGACGAUUACUUUUGAUCUGUUACAGCUUGUGUUGACAAAAAUACUGUAUAUGAAUUAUUGAAAAGAUAUUAAAAAAAUACAAUUCAA